AUGUCGGCGUUAAAGUGCAACGGAGCUUUCUGGCUCCGCUCGGUCACGGUCUUCCUGAUACUCGCAGUCACGAGUAAUUACGCGGCAGGAUGCCAGUUUUACCCCGUGGGGGAGUACCUGAAGUUCGUCAGGGUGCCGGAAAACCUUCCUCGAGGAUCGGAGGUCCUCACCCUGGAGGUCCAUCCCAGAAACCAUCUGACGAUCAUGCCAGUCGACAAGGACGAGGAUGCACGGUACUUCACCUACAAGGACGUGAACAGGACCCACGUGUCUGUGAUAUUAGCUCAGUCCUUGGAGGAGUUAGUCGACAACGAGUUACCACGCAACUUACUCAAGUUUCGUUUAGUCUGCGAUUACACCGACGGAAUGGACUCCCUGGUGUCAUCGCACUUAUCGGUGACGGUGUACGUGGAGGAUGUUAACGAUCAUGCCCCGCAAUUCCUCGAUGCACCAUACCACGUAACGGUGGAUGAACUUACGCCGACCGGACUCACGAUUUAUCGAGGCGUUCACGCGAUCGACAAGGACAAGCCGAACACCCCGAACAGUGAUGUUCACUAUGCGAUAGUGAAAGGCAACGAGCUUGGGAAAUUUUCUCUGGAGUCCGGGCACAGGACUGCUCUGGUUUUGAGGAAACCAUUGGACUACGACACGGGGGACCGAGAAUUCGUCCUUACGGUUAUGGCUUCCGAUCGAGGAACACCUACCAGGAGCACCAACACCACGGUCACGAUUACCGUGAUGGACAACGACGACCUGAACCCCAAGUUCACCGAGGAAGUGUACAGGACGAAGAUCUACGAGUUCUAUCCCAUGCCGGAUCACCCGAUACACCUGGAGAUCAACUUCAGCACGCCUAUCCAUGCGGACGAUCAAGAUCGCCACAUCGACGCGCCCAUCAGGUACGACAUCGUCUCCGGGAACGAGAGAGGACUGUUCCACCUGGACCCGAAGAACGGAUCGUUGUUCCUGGAGCGAGCGAUAGACCUGGAUUCGGAGAGGAAUCUGCCAGGGAACACGUUCAGCCUGCAGAUCCAGGCCUCGCAGGUGGACAACCCCAUGAAGUUCGGCCAGGCCAGAGUCGAGGUGGAGAUCCUCGACCUGAACGACAACCUGCCGGAAUUCGAGGUCGACUUCUACAACAUCAGCAUAGUAGAGAACCUGCCGAAUGGGUUCAGCGUUCUCCAGGUGAUCGCGACCGACAGGGACCAGGGAGAAAAUUCGGAGUUCGACUACGAGCUCGAAGAUCCUUCAGGGGCGUUUUAUGUGGACCCCAAAACGGGAUGGUUGACGGUCCAGGAUCAGGCGGUGCUGGACAGGGAGCGAGAAAGCUCCCUCAAAAUGAAGGUCUUCGCCACCGAGAGGAAGCCCAGCGUCAUCGCGGCAUCCAAUGGGUCCUCGUACGUGGACGUCGAGGUCACUCUUUUGGACGCGAACGACAACAACCCCACGUUUGUGCCCAGCAAUCUGUACGAGUUCGUCGUUCACGCCAACGCCAGGGUCGGCACCGUCGUGGGUCAGGUCCGCGCCGUCGACCAUGACCUAGGUCGCAAUGGUAUGGUCCUGUAUCGGCUACAGAGGACAGGGAAUUCGAGUGCCCACUUGCCCUUCGAGGUGGAUCCCCAUACAGGGGUGAUCUCCGUAGCGGAGAGUCCCAUCAUCGAAGGAAGGCACGCCAUUUUCGUGGAGGCCACCGAUCAGCCCACCAACCCCAGCGAGAGGAGGUUCUCCCUGGCCGUCGUCACCGUCGACGUCUUCCGGCCCGAGGGACACAACGCCUGGGAGCCGGAUUUCGUUGGUGCGCCCUACGAGUUCUGGGUUGGGACCAACGUUGGCGUCGGGACCAGCGUUGGACAGAUCAGAGUCAACGAUGCAGCCAAGAUGCACGACCUCGUCUACGACCUGCUGCACAGUUAUCACGAAGGAGUUCCCUUUGCGGUGGAGGAGCGUUCCGGCACGAUAACUGUGGUGGACCAGAUAGAAAAGUUCGACAGAUCGUUCUUCGACUUCGAGGCCGUGGUCACGAACGAACGAGAGCUCACCCUGGUGACCAACGUGUCGAUCCACGUGGUGGACCCGAAUGACGAAAGGGACAUCUUCACCAAGGGGACCACCAAGGCUCCUCAGGUCUUCCACGUGAGGGAAAACAUCCCCGGCGCCUUCAUCGGACAAGUGGUGCCCCAGAAUCGCAGCAAUUCCUCCAGGACAUCUCGUUUCCUUAUCGCCAACCAGCAGGACGUGCCUGAUAUCGCCAUCACGGAGAACGGAGCACUGUACACGACUCGUGGGCUGGAUCGGGAGGCGAGACAAAAUUACAGCAUCACCGUGAUAGCCGAGAAUCUCCGCGGGAUCGGCAUCUUCCAGGUGACCGUGAUAGUCGAUGACGACAACGACAAUGCCCCGGUGUUCCUGGCGUCCAAUUACGAAGGCCACAUACCGGAGAAUAGUCCUCCGGGCACGGAAGUGACCAUGACUAAUUAUUUGUCGGCGUAUGAUCCCGAUGAGGGAGACAAUCGCGACUUCGUGUACACCUUGAGUGGAGAUGGGAGCGAUCUGUUCGCUGUGGACCGAUCCACUGGCAGAGUGAUCUUCCAGGGUAGAGGGGAACAGCUGCUGGACCGAGAAGACAAGUCUGCCUACGAGCUCAGAAUAAUCGCUAGGGAUAAGGGGAAUCUGAAGUCGGAAGCUCGGUUGCUGAUCACCGUGGACGAUGAGAACGACAAUGCGCCCAAUUUCGCCCAGAUGGUGAUACUUCCUGACCAGGGGGUGGAAGUGUCCAGGCAGGCGGACGAAGAAGUCGCUGGAAGCCACGAUUACCACACAGAGGGUAAUGUGGUGAACGACAAGGAACAUCGACCACCUCUUCUCUUCGUGCCGGAGAACAUCACGGUCGGGACCGUGAUAAUCCGGCUUCUGGCGAAGGAUAAGGACGCCGGCGAAAACGCCACGGUCACUUACUCCAUCCUGAACGAAACCAUCAUCUCGGACAGUGGAUCAGCCUCGGAAGGGAAGCACCAUUUCUCGAUAAAUCCCACCACCGGCGAGGUGUCCAUCUCUCGAAGUCUGCCAGUGGAGAAGACGAUCCGUCUUCUGGUAUCUGCCAAGGAUGGCGGGGAUCUGUCCGACAACAUCACGGUGACGGUCCACGUGAAGGACGUGAACGACCAUCCGCCGAUCUUCAAGAAGUCCUCCUACACCUUCAACAUCCCAGAGGGGAAUUAUGAGCGAUACGUCGUGGGCACCGUGAGUGCCAUGGACGCAGACUUCGGGAACAACGCGAACAUCUCUUACGGCAUCAUCGGCACAGCCGAUAGGCCCUCUAUUUUCAGCAUCACUCGAUCCAAUGGGGUCCUGACCGUCACGGGAACCCUCGACAGGGAGACCCGCGAUGUCUACAGGUUCGGCGUGAUCGCAAGAGACAAUGGAGAGGAGCCUCUCAGCUCCACCGUUGCCGUGGAAAUUAAUGUCCUCGAUGUUAACGAUAACGCCCCCAGGUUCUACGGUUUCGACGAGAUCGGCAACCUGGUCGGUCCUGCCGCCGAUGUGUAUAAAAAUGACGAGAGCGAACAGUCUGUUCCUAUUUAUUAUGCAUCGGUGGCGGAGAACAGUCCGGUAGGAACCGUGGUCACCAAGGUCUACGCGAACGACUCCGACUUCACUGGGAACGGGAAUGGUCUGAUCUUGUUCGAUUUGCCGUAUUUAAGGGGCCAGACUCAGUUCUUCAGCAUCGACAGUAAGGAGGGUCUCAUCACCACCAUUGCGACUCUGGACUACGAGUCGCAGAGGGUGCACAACUUGACAGUGACAGCCAGCGAUUUGGGCUCGCCAAGUCUGACAUCGACUGCCAUGGUCGUGGUCAGCUUGCUGGACGUUGAAGAGGAGGAGAGCAACGAGGUCCAGCGACCCGUGUUCCAGCACAGGUAUUACGAGGUCGAGGUCGAAGAGAACACCCAGGUGCCUCUGAAGCUGGUCCAGCUGAACGCUUCCGAUGGCUUCCCGAAGGACCAGGUUCGCUUUAGCAUCGUCGCCGAUGGGUCCGACAGCAGGGACUUCUUCACGAUCGAUCCCAGGAAUGGAACCCUCUUCCUAGUUUCCGAGGUCGACAGGGAAGUGCGUGACCUGUACGAGGUUAAAGUUAGGGUCGAGAGGGUGAAGCAUGGACGGGGCAUGCCGGUCAUGAUCUACCCCGUCGUCGGGGAAAGAUUGAACGGCCUUGCUCUUAACGAGGCCAAAGUGAUCAUCAGAGUCAAGGAUGUCAACGACAAUCCACCAAGGUUCAGGAACAGGGGAAGGCCUCUUGUCGCGGCCAUUCCCACUACUGCUCAUUAUGGAUACGAGAUCAUCAAGGUGGAGGCUGAUGACCCUGACGACGGUAUCAACGGGGAAAUUCGCUAUCAAAUUCUUGGUCGCGAAGAUGCACCUCGUUUUGCCAUUGACCCGCUUACUGGUCAAGUUCGAUCGGUGGGCAGUUUUACGAGGGAUGCUGGCCGCGUUUUUGGAUUCGAUGUCAAGGCCACCGACAGGAGGGGUGCCGAAAACGGGCGCAGCAGCAUUGCCAACGUUUUUGUUUACGUGCUGGACGACCAUAAGCAGGUCGUCAUGGUAAUGGGCAACAGACCUAUGGAAAUUGAGACGCAGGUCGACAACAUUACCUCAGCACUGCACAAUGUCACGGGAUUGGACGUCCGCGUCAGGAAGUUGGAGCCGCACAUCGAGAAGAACCUGAUCGAUACCACGUCAACGGACAUGUACCUGUACGCCGUGGAUCCUCAUCUCAACGUGAUGAUCGACAUGGACGUGUUGAACAACGUCUUCCACAAUAAGAAGUCCGAGAUAAAACGCGAGCUGGAGAAGUACCGCGUGUUGGACAUAGCCGGAAGUACUCCUCGAAGGAGCAACCAGCGGUAUCUGCUCUCCACCCUGGAGGUCGGAGUCGUCGUUUUGGGUUGUGUCGUCUUCAUCGGUGCACUUGUCACGGCUCUUUGCGUCACCUGUGUACGACGAAACAAGCGCCGACAACGGCAGGAGGCCAUGUUCUCAACGGGUGGCCCAGUUAGCUUCGCUUUGGCAGAUCCUGCCGCGACUCUGCAGAAACCUUCGCUGUUUCCAACCUUUGUGGACGGCCUUCAUUACGACCCUGAGCCUUAUUCCGGUGACGUUCGACGGCACAGUCUUUGCGAGCACGAGCCACAUUGCGUUCGCUACCAUAGCAUGGGCAAGCGUAUCGUCAGGACAAGUACGGGAGGUCUUGAAGCUUCAGCGACAUCUUUACAUUCUAGUGGUCAGGAUUCCGGAAUAGUCGCCCGGGCGUGCCAUUGCAGCCACUCUUCGAGUCCUUCCAGUGGAGACAGCAGCAACGGUUACGAGGACUCCCUGAAGUCCUUGCACCGGCGGGCCAGGGCUAACGGGGUUGCCCGAGGUCAAGAUCUGAACACGAUGGCGAGGCGAGCCAAUAUGUCGCACACCAGGAGGCGCCAUAGGUUCCACUCGUUCACCACGGCGGAAACGAGCUACCCCGAAGAGCUGACCCUGAAGAGGGACAAGCACUGUCGAACGGAUACAGAGAAGAGGCGUAGCAGCUCGGCUACCAGAGAACAUCAUCGAGUGCCCUCGGAGGCGGAGAACAACAUCACCGAGACCGUCAUUCACGAACAUCCCGGGACACCGAUGACCCCGGUCCCCCCUCCGAUGCCCAACACGUCCACGUUGCAUGGAUCGACGAGGGCUUGCCAUAUGCUGUACUAA